AUGUUUAGGAACGGAUUCAGCGGAGCGUGCAAGAAGUGGCUCGCGCUACCGGCGGCGAGUGGCGGGGUGCGUGCAGGAAGGACCGAGAGCGUCCGGGAGACGAUCGAUAGCGUCCUGUGCAGUGUGCCGGCGGCCGCGCGCACUCGCCCGCCGCGUCUCGCGCCGACCACACGUCGCCGACUCGUAGACUCGCGCCGCUUGCCGACACUCGGCGCUCGCCAACACUCGCCGCACUCGCCGACAGCGCCGGACGCGACCGACAUGGAGUACAAGUACUGGUGGUGGCUGGCGGCACUGGGCGCGCUGCUAGCGCUGGCCGCCGCGCAGCCGUCGGCUCCGGAGCUCCACGAGCACGAGCAUGAGCUGAUCGUGCGCAGCGCACGAGGCACCCGGAACAGAGAGAGCUGUCGCUACGUUCGCGGCUCGUGGUCGGAGUGCGAUCCCAAGACCAACGUCCGCUCGCGCACGCUCACGCUCAAAAAGGGCGACCCCGCCAGCUGCGAGCGCGCCAAGACCAUACAGAAGAAGUGCAAGAAAGCGUGUCGCUACGAGAAGUCGUCGUGGAGCGAGUGCAGCCCCAACGGCGAGAUGUCGCGGACGGACAUGCUGAAGGCCAACAGCGACCCCACGUGCGACGCCAGCAGACGCGUCACGAAGAAGUGCAACAAGAACAAACAAGUCAAGGCCACCAAAGACAAGGGUCGCAGAAAUCGUCAGUAAAUAUUCAGAUCAAAAUCGUUUUAGUCGAAAUAAAUUUUCAUUAUAAAGUAAACGGUGUUCGUUCGUCGGUUAUAAUUUAAGUAAUAGUGCCAAAAAUAGUAUCGAUAAAUGUUUUCUACAUUCGAUUAUAUUUACUAGUUUUAACGCGCGGCUCCGGUCGGCGGCCUCUCGACUCGAUGGUAAUUCUAUGUAAGUACUAGACGCAAUUUGUUUGUGUUAUUCAUAAGUCUAAUCUUUGAUAUUAAUAAAUGAGUACUUAAGA